AUGGCGGAGCGUCCCGGCGGCAGAAGACGUUCUCGUCGGGACAGCGUCGAGGUCGGCGCCUCUCCUUCCGGGAAAACGGAGAAGAGGACGAAGAGACCAACUCGAGAGCGGUGGCUGCUGACGCGAAAAACAUGGCGGUACAUGACGGACGCAGGGCGCCGUCUGAUCCCGGAAGGUGUGCACAACCGUCCGGAAGACAUCCCGAAGAUCGAGCAAUACUUCCAGGAAGUGUGCCAACGAGAACCUCGAUUCCUGCUCUGGAGGAAAGCGUCGUACCCAGGAACCCUAGGCUUCCGUGCCCCACGUCGAAGAAGAGCCAUCAAGGGUGGAAGCUGCAGAACGAAGGCAAGUUCCGCGGACGAGGCGGAGGACUCAUCAGGAGCUGCACUUCCUGAAGCCCUCCUAGAAGAGACCUCUCCAGAGGGGGUGGAACUCCCCAGACCCCGGCAGGGGGGCAGCACCCCCAGCACCCCUCUGACGAAAAGACGCCAACCUCAAGAGGACACCGAGGCGAAGGUCCUAGCCGACAUGCUGCAGAGGUAUCUGAACAUGAACAACGAAUCCGGUCGUCCUUCGACAGGAUCCGACUACAGCGACAGAUUCGCCGAGCCGUUCGACCACCACAGUCUUAUCGACAAAUUGCAGCUUCACCUGGACCAGAUGAUGGCGCAGGCGCGGCGGAAGGGAGCUGGGACGACCUCAGGAACGACAUCGGGGGAUGCGACCCCUGGGAGCAUGUUGUCUUAUCAGGGCGAUUACGUGCACAAAUCUUUGCUGGAGACUUUGAGCAGGUAUUACGGGAAGUCCUCCAGCAGGGAACACGUGAUCUCGGAUAUCCUGACGGACCGGAAGUUGUUGGAGAAGUUGUACUUCGACCUGCGGUGCACCAGGGGGUUCCGCGGGCCCAGGGCAACGGGGGCCUACACGUCGCCGUCUGCGCAGUGGAGAGGGAAACUCAGGGGGAGGGAGGGGCCAUGGCCUCCGAGAUCAGCUGAUCAGGUGCGAUGUGCGGAGCCCCCGCCGCUGAUCUCCGUGCAGCUCCCCAGCACCGAGCGCGCCCCUGUGGACCAGGGCGUGCAGACCGACCCCCUGUCGAGGGAGGCUCUGGAUGCCUAUCUCCAGGAUCGGGAUGAGCCCCCCUCUUCCAAGGACACCCCUUCCUCAGGGAAACUCGCCGUCAGACGCAGGUCCAGCGUCGAUAACGAUGACGUCUCUCCCUCCGUUAGCGACACCAUCAAGAGGUACCUCAGGAUGGCUAGGAAGAAGUCCAUCGAUGCCGAGAAGGGGGACAGGUUCAAGAGGGUCAACUAUGACAGGAAUCUUAGGAAUAUCAAGCCCAAGGGGGAAGUCACCAAGAUCGGGGAUGACGAUGGGAACCAUAAAGGGUGCCAGACGUCGGAGAACUGGACCGUUGGGUUCCGCGAUGGGGAGGUACUUCUUGGGGAAAGUCUCUCCGAUGAGGCGGAGACUGCCUCUCCUGGGAGCAGGAAUGCUAGCUCCAGGAGCUCCAUGGAUGCCGGGCUUGGGUCCGAGGAUACCCCGUCUACUCCCAAACAACAUCAGUCCUUUCUUUCCCAUCUUUUGCACGGCUCUAAUUCCAACAAGGAGAAACCGCAUUCUGCACCUGGCUCACCUGCUCUUACGUCCUCCAAUUCCGCAGGUGGCUCCGCCAUGCAGAAGAGCAAGUCCUCCAGCAGCGUUGUUCAUCAUGGGAGCAGACUCGUUGCCAAGAAGAUUUGGAGGUCUAGGAGCAAGAGCACCUCCAGGGCCUCCAAUCAACCCUCUGCUUGGACCCCGCAGGGAAAGUGCACGUGGGCAGGUACAGGGGGUAGACGAGUUACCCUGCAGGAUACACCCCUCAGGGUGCUCUCCGAGGUCGAGAGGAAGGUUCUCUGCAAAGUGGCCGUGGCCAAACUGCAGGCCUUGAACCUUGGAGUGCACAUCAGGCCACCGACAGAACUCGGGAGUGGCGGCGCCACGGCCACAAAGCCGAAGAGGAGGGCUUACUUGCUGAAGAGGAAGGCUCUCACCACUGGAUUUUUCGAUAACAAGACAAAGGACGAAAAGGACAAGGAGAGCGCCGGAGGGUUGGUGUUCGGCAUCCCCUUAUCACAGUGUCUGGAGAACGACAGGAUAGCUCGGAUAGCGGCUGGUGAAGCUGCAGAAGUUGCAAGUUUAACCAGAAGCAGUAGACAUGGCAGCAGGACGAGCUUUACGAGCCUCAUCGAGGCCCCGACGAGUGCGGCGACGAAGAACGAGGAGGGUGGAUCCUGCGAGUCGUUGUCCUUGAAGGGAGGAGCGCUCACCGGAAGUGACUCCGGAGGUUUAGAACUAAGCGACAGCGGGGGUGGAGCACCCCCAGGGGAAUGGGAUGCAGUUCCAGGAGUGGUGCACCAGUGCAUCAGACAUCUCGAGUCGACCGGCCUGAGGACCCUCGGCAUCUUCAGGGUCUCGCCGUCCAAGAAGAGAGUCCGACAGCUAAGGGAAGACUUCGAUUGCGGCAGGCAAACGAAGAUCGGUCCCGAUCAGUGUCCACAUGACGUCGCAGCCUUAAUGAAGGAGUAUUUUCGUGAUUUACCAGAUCCUCUGCUGUGCAGAGACCUUUAUCAAGCCUUCGUGCACACCCAGAAGAUCAGGAACAGGAGGCUUCAGCAGGAAGCUCUUCAGCAUCUGAUCCAACUUCUGCCGACCCCGAAUCGAGAGACGCUCUGGGCAUUGUUGAACUUCCUGAGCGAGGUUGCUUCAAACAGUGAGGACAAAAAAACGGAAACCGGCGACUGGAUAUCCGGGAACAAGAUGGACACUACCAACCUGGCGACCGUGUUCGCGCCGAAUAUUCUUCACUGCGUGAAGCAUGGCCAGGCAAGGGCGGAAGUGUCUGCAGAAAGGGCGGAGGAGAGGAUAGACGUGAUAAACGUGGUACGAGCACUUCUGGAACAUGUCUCGACUCUGUUCAUCGUCCCGGCAGCCCUUUUGGACGAACUUUAUUUGCAUAUGAUGGACACCCAUCCAGCCGAGCUGGACACUGCCCUCUCGCGGCGUGCCGAGGAGCAAUGCGGCGACGAGGUGGACCCGUCGAGCGAGGCGGAGGUGUACUCCGUGGAGGAAAACGUCUCCAGGAAGGUCUGGUCCAGGGAAGAGUGUCUCCACCAGAGUGCCGGGGUGGGUGGCGACAUCGGGCCCAGGCCUCGGAGGCCAAAACGACCCGGGACCAGAAGGAAGGACGAGGGUCGCAGCAACAGCGUCGACAGCGCCUCCAGCGAGGAUCCCUCCGACAGGAGGAAAUCCUCGCCGAUGGUCAUCACCGCCAGCCUCACCAUCCCCAUGUCGGGACCCUUUGUCUUAAACCUGGACGACCCCGACAUCCCCUACAUAGAGGAGAGCACCAAACUUCCGAGCGUACCUCCAAGAAGACAAAGGCAGAGGUCCAUUUCCGGCUGCAGCGAAGGUGGCAGGCACGGGAGCGACAGUGCGGUGGGUUCUUCGGCGACGCUUUCCGGAGACCAAAUGCCGAGCUCGCCGCCAUCUUGGACUUCCAGUCCACCCGCGAGUCCCGACAGCGCCGUCACGACCCUUUCCUACAUCCCUGAUCAACAGGCGGUUCUUCAAAGGGUGUCUAUCACGACUUCCACCGAAGUUGUCCGCCAGAUCUCAAGGACCUCCACCCAAGAAAGUGCAGUCAAGAUGGCUGCCGCCGUGCCUCCUUACACCCCCAGCAUCACCAGCAUCGGUGGCGCAGUCAUGAGGUCGAAGACCGCCGACAUCGAGAGGAUGCUGCACAUCACGAAGCCGGAGUCGAGCCGGUCUCCCGGCGCCGGCGGCGCCACGACGUCGACGUCGACGUCGGCGGACAGCAAGAAAUACACGAAGAGACGCUACACCGACUCGAGGCACCAGACGAGACACAUCCCCGACGUGGAGGCCCUCGCUGGAAGAAGUGGAGAGAGGUCGAGCACUUCCGCGUCUCCAGCGACGCCGACCCCGAAGAGCGUCCCGGCGCCCGUCUGGAAACGCCGGGAACUCAUAUCGAGCGCUCCUAAAAAUCGCGAGAGCUAUUUCUGAUGGUGGAGGGAUGUUCCCCAAAGAGGAAUCGUUUGUCGUCGAGAGUUCCUAGGUGGUGAACUUCAAGGUCUCCGGGGAAGAGUACCUGGAGAAUGCUUGGAGAACCGAAGCCGUUCUCCAGGUAGGAGAUGUUCUUGAUGCCGAAGAGAUGUUCCUUGAAGAGGAAUCGCUCGUCUUCCAGAAGACUAAUGUGGUGGUCUUCAAGGUCUCCGGGAAAGAAUACCUGGAGAACGCUUGGAGAACCGAAGACGUUCUCCAUACGGGAGAUGCUUUUGAUGCCGAAAAGAAAAUGUUCCUUGAAGUGGAAUCGCUCGUCUUCCAGAAGUCUCAUGUGGUCGUCUUCAAGGUCUCCGCUGAUGUACCCUUGGAGAACUCCGGAAUAGCAUCUAUGGUAUAUUUGGAGAACCGAAGAAGCGUUCUUCCGGUUCCCCUUGGGCUUCAACGUCGUUCCUAAGUCCAAAGGACCCCGAAGAGGGCGAAACGGUUUUUUUCUCCCGAUUUUCCUCCAGGAGAGGAAUCCCUCGGGAGCGAGGCUCGUUAGCGAUUCGUUGCUAAACCGUUAAGAUUUUUCAACCUGUAAGACCUAAUAAAUGAAUAUUAAUUUUGUACCUACUCGAUGGAGGAACUCGCACCCGAUUUCUGGGGAGGGAAUGGGUCACGAUUUCAUAUUGCUCGAUCAAUUUAUUCUUCAACCUCGCGCACUUACUCCGGUACAAUCUCGCACUUAUAAACUUCUCUAUUAAACAACGGACUUACUUGGCUGCCGAUUCGUUAAUGCUCGUUUUGCGGAUAAAAAUGAGAUUUACAGGAUUAUUUACAGGAUUUCUCGUGAUCCGCCAUGUGUACGUCCAUUACCGCUCAUACAAUUUCGGUACGUAAGGGGGCUAUGACACUUUUUGCCUUUUUUUUUAACUACUCAUUAAUCUAUUAAGGAAUUUAUUUAAUACGUAUUUA